UGAGCAUGCCUAGGGAAUGACAGGCAUCUCACAGGCAGGCUGCAUCCACCUCGGCUGGGGUGUCGUCAUUGGCUGCCUAUUAGAAAAACUACAGGACAAUGCAUACCACCGAUGCCGACUGUAAACAUAGGGGAUGUGUGUUCACUUAGCAGGGACUUCUGGGAGGGGCUAAGGAAGGGCGGUCUGUAGUUUUAUUGAAUAGAGCAGUGUGUAUUAGGCUGCCUGCCUGCCUGCCCUCUUGCUGCGCUCCUGCUUCAAGAAAUCAGUCCUUCCUUUCCGACUUAGUCCCCGGGAAGACGUUUCAGCCUGCGAGGUGUCAUUCAAACAUUUCAAGAUCAUCCACCCGAAUUCAUAAAGAUUGGUGAUCAACCAGAGGUUCACAAGUGGACAUCUGAUUGCUUACCCGCAUUAUCUGGUCUCCCUAAACCUGAACCCACACCAUGGACGAUUUUGAACGUCGCAGAGAACUUAGGAGACAAAAGCGGGAGGAGAUGCGCCUGGAAGCAGAAAGGAUCGCCUACCAGAGGAACGACGAUGAUGAGGAAGAGGCCGCCCGGGAACGGCGCCGCCGCGCCCGGCAGGAAAGGCUGCGGCAGAAGCAAGAGGAAGAAUCCUUGGGGCAGGUGACCGACCAGGUGGAGGUCAAUACCCAGAACAGUGUGCCCGACGAGCAGGUCAAGACAACCACCACGAACACUCAGAUGGAGGCCGAUGAUGAAGCUGCGCUCCUGGAGCGCCUGGCUCGGCGGGAGGAAAGACGCCAAAAACGCCUUCAGGAAGCCCUGGAGCGGCAGAAGGAGUUUGAUCCAACCAUAGCAGAUGCAAGUUUGUCGCCACCAAGCAGAAGAAUGCAGAAUAGCACGGCAGAAGAUGAGACGGCGGAGAAGGAUGAGAAGAGUGAAAGUCGCCAAGAAAGAUACGAGAUAGAGGAGACAGAAGUAGUCACCAAGUCCUACCAGAAGAAUGAUUGGAGAGAUGCCGAAGAGCAAAAGAAGGAAGAAAAAGAAAAGGAGGAAGAGGAAGAAGAGAAGCCAAACCAAGGGAGCAUUGAAGAGAAUCAGGUAGAGAUGGUGGUAGAAGAGAAAACAGCAGAAACCCAAGAGGAAACAGGAAUGGCAUUGAAAAAUGGGCAAAUCAGUGCCGAUGAGCCUAGGACAGAGGAGGAGAGGGAAAAAGGUUCACAUGAGAUGCCCCAUAAUGAAAAGAUGGAAGAGGAAGCAAGGGAAAGAGCUGAGGCAGAGAGGGCCCGGUUGGAAGCCGAAGAAAGAGAAAGAAUGAAAGCCGAGCAGGACCAAAAAAUAGCAGAGGAGAAAGCGAGAAGGGAAGCAGAAGAAAAAGCAGCUGCACAGGAGAGAGAAAGACGGGCAGCAGAGGAGAGGCAGAGGAUUGAGGAGGAGGAGAGACGGGCAGCAGAGGAGAGGCAGAGGAUUGAGGAGGAGAGACGGGCAGCAGAGGAAAGGCAGAGGAUUGAGGAGGAGGAGAGACGGGCAGCACAGGAGAGGCAGAGGAUUGAGGAGGAGAGACGGGCAGCAGAGGCGAGGCAGAGGGCAAAGGCAGAGGAAGAGGAGAGAGCUAAGAUAGAAGAGCAAAAACGGCAGAAGCAGCUAGAAGAGAAAAAAAAGGAAAUGCAAGAGAAAAAGAUAAAGGGGGGAAAGGCAGAAGAGAAAACAGAAGGGAAGUGGGUAAAUGAAAAGAAAGUACGAGAAGAUAAACUUCAGACAGCUGCCCCAAAGAAACAGGAAGAAGAAAGGGGGGCUAAAGUGCAAGCUAAAAGAGAAAAGCCCCAAGAAGACAAGCCUACCUUCAAAAAAGAAGAGAUCAAAGAUGAGAAGACUAAAAAGGACAAAGAACGCAAGGAAGAAGUUAAGGGCUUCUUGGAUGGAAAGAAGGGACUUACAGACGUGAAGGCACAGAAUGGAGAAUUCAUGACCCACAAGCUCAAACACACCGAGAAUACGUUCAGCCGCCCUGGAGGGAGGGCCAGUGAGGCCAAGGAGACUGAAGGCGCUUCCCAAGUGGAAGCGGGCAAGCGGCUGGAGGAGCUUCGCCGCCGCCGCGGGGAGACAGAGAGUGAGGAGUUCGAGAAGCUCAAGCAGAAGCAGCAGGAGGCGGCCUUGGAACUGGAGGAGCUGAAGAAGAAGAGGGAGGAGCGAAGGAAGGUCCUGGAGGAGGAGGAGCAGAGGAGGAAGCAGGAGGAAGCAGAGCGAAAAGUCAGAGAGGAGGAAGAGAAGAGGAGGCUAAAGGAAGAGAUUGAAAGGCGAAGGGCAGAAGCUGCUGAGAAACGCCAGAAGAUGCCAGAAGAUGGUUUGUCAGACGACAAGAAGCCCUUCAAAUGUUUCACUCCCAAAGGGUCAUCUCUCAAGAUAGAAGAGCGAGCAGAAUUUUUGAAUAAGUCUGUGCAGAAAAGCAGUGGUGUCAAAUCAACUCAUCAAGCAGCAGUGGUCUCCAAGAUUGACAGCAGGCUGGAGCAGUACACCAGCGCAAUUGAGGGAACAAAAACUACAAAACCCACGAAGCCAGCAGCCUCAGACCUUCCUGUUCCAGCCGAAGGUGUCCGCAACAUCAAGAGCAUGUGGGAGAAAGGCAAUGUGUUCUCGUCCCCGACUGCAUCGGGGACGCCAAAUAAGGAAACUGCUGGCUUGAAGGUGGGGGUUUCCAGCCGCAUCAACGAAUGGCUAACCAAAACCCCAGAUGCAAACAAGUCACCUGCUCCCAAACCUUCUGAUUUGAGGCCAGGAGACGUAUCUGGCAAACGAAACCUCUGGGAAAAGCAAUCAGUGGACAAGGUCACUUCCCCAACUAAGCAGGUUUGAGACAGUUCAAGAAAGAACCCAAAGUAGCCACUCAAGAUGCUGGACCAGCUCAGUUGAAGAGGGCUAAUGUGCUCCGUUUUAUAUUUAUGUUCAUUUACUAAAUUGGGUUCAUUUCCUUUUGUUUUGUUUUUCAUUAUCCCAGUAAACCCAUGUAUAUUAUCACUAUAUUUAAUAAUCACAGUCUAGAGAUGUUCAUGGUAAAAGUACUGCCUUUGCACAGGAGCCUGUUUCUAAAGAAACCCAUGCUGUGAAAUAGAGACUUUUCUACUGAUCAUCAUCACUCUGUGUCUGAACAGUGAUACCAACCACAUUGGGAGUCAACAAAAGGAGAUUCAAGUUGAAAAUUGCCUGAGAAACGUGUGCAGUAUCCAGAAAAAUGAACCGUAGUGGUUUUUGUUUUUGUUUUAAUACAGAAGUCAUGUUGUUUCUGCACUUUAGAAUAAAGCAUGGAAGAAACUGUCUUAAUAGGCAGUUAUAACACUUUCUGAAAGUAACCCAUUUCAGAUUUGAGAUACUGCAAUAAUAUUUUUUUUUUUUU